ACACCCAAGUCACAACUUUUAGCACUCCCCCCUUGUAACUUUCUCUUUACAAAACCUCCUGCAAAAAAUAAAAACAAAAAACACCAAACUAUACAUACCUCUCCCUGUUAUAAACACUCAUCAUCAUAAAUAUUUAUGUAUAAGGAAAAAAAAACACCUGAAAUGCCCAAUUUAGGGUUCUAAGGCUUUCAAAAAUCGAUGUGGGUAUCCCGUAAAGGAAGGAAAUUCGGUUGCUUUUAAUAUUAAUCCCGGCGGUGAUGAUGAUGGCGUCAUCUUCCGGUUCAAAACCAUGUUUUAAUAGAUUUUGUACACAGGCAGUUGAAGUCCCUAAACAAGGAUGGCUUUGCCGGACCGGAGAUUACGCUGACCUCUGCCAUCGAUGCUCUUCUGUUUACAAAGAUGGAAAAUUCUGCGACACAUAUCAUGUGAAUACUGCUGGCUGGAGAUGUUGCGAAUCUUGUGGAAAGCAAAUUCAUUGUGGAUGCAUAGUAUCAUUCCAUAUGUUCGUAUUGUUGGAUGCCGGAGGAAUCGAAUGUCUCAACUGUGCAAAAACAGAGUACAUCUUGACACCAAAUCCUAGCUGGCCAUGUGCUUCUCCUUUCCACCAUGGAGCUGGUGAAAGAGUCAGAGAUAUCUCUUCGAGAAAUUGGAGAUCUAUUGCUGGAUCAGGUCCUGUACCAUGGCGGCAAGCACCAGUUAUAUUCAACACCUUUAAAGGUCAACCGGAAUCACAGUCGACUUCAUGUUCUCUGGGUAAAAGAACAACUAACAAUCCUUCCGAGGGAUUAGUAAAUGACGUUUGGCGGGUCAGUACAUCCGAGAUGAUCGGAGGAGAUAGAUCCACAUUCACAGGAGGCCAGUCUGAUGGAAAACAUAAUUCGUUUAAAGAUGUUCCUUACCAAUCAAAAUCUUUAUCUCAUACGAAUGCCCUUCCUCGCUCUAGUUUCCCAACUACAUUUGUGGAAUAUGAUAAAAGUAGUGAAAAGGGAAAGACGUCUAAAGCUCAUUUUCAACGACUGUGCUCCCCACCAUCAGUAGGGAAGCCAUGCUAUAAUAAUAACGGAGCUGACGUUUCUAUUGAAGCUCAGGCUCACAGUGCAUUUGCUCGAGGAGUAUAUUGUCAACGACUGUGCCCCCCACCAUCAGUAGGGAAACCAUGCUGUAAUAAUAAUGGAGCUGACGCGCCUAUUGGAGCUCAGACUCUCAACGCAAUUGCUCGAGGAGAAGUUCGUUCUCAAUGGCUGUGCCCCCCACCAUCAGUAGGGAAGCCAUGCUGUAAUAAUAGCGGAGCUGAAGCGUCUACCCGAGCCCAGGCUCACAAUGUAAUUGCUCGAGGAGAUACAUGGAGGCCUCAGCUACUUCCUCGUUACUGGCCUCGAAUAACAGAUCAAGAACUACAACAAAUCUCUCGAGGUUCAAAUGCCAAGAUUACCCCUUUGUUUGAGAAAGUGUUGAGUGCUAGUGAUGUUGGGAAGAUAGGGCGAUUGGUGCUUCCCAAGAAAUGUGCAGAGGCUUAUCUUCCUCCAAUUUCUCAACCUGAAGGUUGUCCCCUUGUAAUCCAAGAUUUGAAUGGAAACGACUGGGUGUUACAUUUUAGAUUUUGGUUCAACAAUGGUAGCAAAUUGUAUGUUUUAGAAGGAGUAGCUCCUUGUAUACAGUCAAUGAAGCUGCAAGCUGGCGAUACUGUAACAUUCAGUAGGUUGGAGCCCGAUGGAAAGCUUGUUAUGGGAUCCAGGAAAGUACCACUUGCAUCUACAUCUGACAAGGGGAAUGCAACAACACGCACAAGGGUGUCUACUCAUGAAGAACCUUUGAAGAGUAGUAUUGUAUCUAAGUCAAAAAAUCCAGACAGUAUAUUGUCAGAAAUCGAUAAAGCUUCUAUUCCUGCUAAAAGGAAAAAGGGGGGCAGCAUGUGCUCUAACAAUGAACACCUCAAACUUGAUGAAGAGAUACUUCAGUUCAAAGUUACGUUGGAACAAGUUCAAGGAUUGCUACGACCACCUCUCACUAAUACUCCCACCGUCGUGUUUAUUGAGGAUGUUGAAUUUGAGGAAUAUCAGGAGGCACCAAUGAUAGGGAGUCCUACAAGUAUUUCGACAAACCAUGUUGGAUUUCUGUCUUCAACGGAAGUAGAACAGACACAAGAACAUCUUGAGCAUUACCUUCCAAUGAUUAAUCAUGCAGCAUCUUCUAAGCAAAACAUAUCAGAAAAUUCAGGUUCACUCAAGACUAUUGAAGGCAUUAGUGUACUCGCCGACAUAGCAUCUUCUCAAGCCACAGCGAGACACCCCUGCCAUAAAGCUGGCUGCACGUGUAUCAGCUGUAGUCGGCCACCGAGCGCUACAAAGCACAAGUCGACCUGCUCUUCUGAUGUCUGCCGAGGAAAAGAAGUGGGGAAUUCCAUUCAGAAUCAAACCCAACUGCUGUAUGCGGAUAUUAUCCGGUAUUCGCAAAGGGGAAGUAGUAAUCUGGACUACAAAACAGGGCCCAAUGAACGGUUUGAAAACAUGCCAAAUAAGGAAAGUUCAUCUAAUUUGUCUUUCACGAUCGACUUGAAUAUACAGCCUGAGCGGGAAGAGGAAUCUUCUCCUGUUUCAGACUCUAUGGGGGUCAUGAAGUUAGUCCAAGAAUCUACACACAGAUACCUGAGACAACAGAAACUAUCAAUCCAUGGCGGUACUGAUGGCAAUCACUAAUUAUCAUGAUUUAUAGAAGGUAUUUUCUAUGCUAUUAGUUUAUAGUAACAAAUCAUAGGGGAGGCUUUUUCCUAAUACUUGUGUAUAUUCUGGAACAUUGCCUAACUGGGUGGUGGUGGUGGGAGCAGUGGUAGUUGGGUGGAAGCUAUUUUUGUUAUGCGAGUAGGAGCUCACCUUGCUGAUCCUAAGAAGCAUUGUUAGAAAUUUUCUCAGGUUUCAUACGUUGGUGUAUCGAAGCCAAAUUCUAGAAUCCAAAUCAUAACAAGUCAUCGUACAUAAUUUGUUGGUGUAAUCGCACUCUUUUACUUUUAAAUGCCACUAGAUUUAUUACAGUA